AUGGCAUUCUACAAUGAGCUCGAACAAAUUAAGAUUGCUCUAAGAAGAAGUAUUAUCCAGACAAAAGUGCUUUUUGAGAAUGAUAUUAUUCAGACAAAGUGUUUAUACAGCGGUCUGACUGGUAUUAUAUUGGAAUUCCCGGUGGCGAAAUUGCCAGCCAAAAUGAUUCACGAAGUGUAUUUUGAUAUUAGCAUUGGCAAUCCCGUCGGAGUACUUGCCGGGCGAAUUGUAAUUGAAUUAUAUGGUGAUGAUGUGUCCCAAACAGCAGAAAAUUUCCGUGCUCUCUGCACAAGUGAAAAGGGCUUUGGCUACAAAGGUUCUGCAUUCCACCGUGUUAUUAAAGAACUCAUGAUUCAAGGAGGUGACUUCGAUAAAGGAGAUGGAACUGGUGGUAAAAGCAUAUACGACCGUACCUUUAAGGAUGAAAACUUCAAGCUGACUCAUGUUGGGCCUGGAGUUGUUAGCAUGGCGAAUGCAGGCCCCAAUACUAAUGGAAGCCAAUUUUUUAUUUGCACUGUCAAGGUAUGUGGAGUUAAUUUAAAUCGGAAUAGUGUCUCAAAAAUUCUGUCCUGCAAUUUCUUCUAAAUAUUGGGUGCAAAAAUGUCAUAAAGAAGA